CUGUACGCAUCCUCUUCACCCACAGAGGAAACCAGCUUGUGGACAAGUUUCUCUGAGUCAGUCACCAAAAAAUCUCUGAUAUACGACUUUGUGAUCUGAAAACAUUCAGAGAGCCAACUUGUCAAACUGGGUCUCAAGUAGGUCUUUCCGAUUUUAUCGCUCAACAAUAGAAGAGCAGCCACACCCACACAGUCUAGACCAAGAAGCAUCCACCACAUCUGGAACUGGAUCAUGACUUAUUGAGACACCUGGUAAAUCAGAUAUGGAUCUAGCUAUCCAGCGUGCGUUAAAUGACAAGCUCUACGACAAGAGAAAGGUUGGAGCACUUGAGUAUGCGCCUUUUACUUUCCCCGCUCGCGCAACAAGCUCAGUACUGAUCCUGAUACUGAUAUUUCUGAUAGGCUCGAACGUGUUAUUCGGGAUCUCGCCACGGGAAAAGAAUACGAUCGUAUCAAGAAAGUCAUUCAACAGUUGUGCAACGAUUUUGCGUAUGCUGUCCACCAGCCUCAUGCCAGGAAUGGCGGACUCAUCGGCCUUGCAGCUGCAGCCAUAGCCUUGGGACCCGUAUGUUACCGUACCCCUUUUAACUCUUGUAUCGCCACCAUUAAUGGAACAACAGGAAUUGGCAAGAUACCUGGAUGAAAUCGUGCCUCCUGUUCUUGCGUGUUUCACAGAUCAAGAUGCUCGCGUGCGUUACUAUGCAUGCGAGAGUAUGUACAAUAUUGCCAAGGUAGCAAAGGGCGAGGUUUUACCCUACUUCAAUGAUAUAUUUGAUGCGCUAUGUAAAGUAAGUCAAGUCCUUCAGAUAUGUUUCUGGUUCCUGCUGUCUCAUUUAUUGACCCUUUAUCUAGCUUGGUGCCGAUUCAGAGCUCUCUGUAAAGAAUGGAGCUGAACUUCUUGAUCGUCUUAUCAAAGAUAUAGUCUCCGAAUCUGCAGCCACAUAUGUCUCUGUCCUUCAGACCUCCGAGGACUCAGCAAUCGAGACUGAUAAAGAAUCUCGAGAUGAAUCUAUGGACUUGCCAACAGCAUUUUCUCUUGCCGACUUCAUCCCGCUCUUAAAAGAGCGCAUCUAUGUGAUCAACCCAUUCACCCGCACCUUUUUGGUCGGAUGGAUCAAUCUGCUGGACUCUAUCCCUGACCUGGAGCUUGUUUCCUACCUUCCACAGUUUCUCGGAGGCAUCUUCAAAUUCCUGAGCGAUCCAAAUCGUGAUGUUCAUGUAGCAACCCAGGGCUGUUUAGAGAGAUUUCUGAGUGAGAUUAAACGAAUCUCCCGUGUCAAGAAGGGAAUUGUGGAAAGUCGAAAGUCACGGGAUGAAGACAAACGAAAACGUUCUGGGUCUAUGGAUAGCGAUGGCUCUGUCGCCCCAGACGCUGGAGCUGACGAUGACUCUACCGCUGGUGAUGAGAAGGAUAUGAGCAGUGACGAUGACUGGGUGCCAGGCCAAGACGUUAAUGUUAACCACAAGGAAAUACUCGAGAUAUUAACGGCAAACCUUGACUCUCCACUGGGUAAGUAUAAUUUCUCAACCCAGAUGGCCAUUCUAACGUGAAGCAGAAGAAGACAGCCUUCAGGAAUCACUUCGGUGGAUUGUAGAGUUUCUCGAUAUCUGUCCCGAAGAAGUGCUUCCAUUUGCACCGAAAAUACUCGCUCAUCUUCUGCCAGCUAUGGCAAGUGGUGUGGAACCAAUCAGACAAGCAGCAACUCGGGUGAAUACUGCUCUCAUGGACUACGUAGUAUCUCUCUCAGGUGAAGGCGGCUCCUCAGAACCAUCAUCAGGUGGACCUUCGAGAAUACCUACGACAGUUCUAAAAGAUAAUGAGAGAAGAGAAUCUUCUUCUAAUCCUCGUGGCUCCACAUCCACGACUAGAGAUACCGACCGACGGGAUUCCGAAGUUCAAACACCACCUCCUCCUUAUAACAAAACACCUACACCCACUCCUCCUCCAGAUCGCCCACAGGUCGACCUUGAUUAUGCAGCGGCUGUCAAUUCACUGACCUUACUAUUCUUGAAUGACCACGAAGCAACUAGGGUUGCGGCUCUUACCUGGUUGCUCAUGCUUCAUAAGAAAGCCCCUCGCAAGGUGUUAGCCAUCAAUGAUGGUACAUUUCCCGCUCUAUUAAAGACGUUGUCGGACCCAGCGGAAGCGGUAGUCACCAGAGAUUUACAACUUUUGUCACAAAUCUCAAGAAAUAGUGGGGAUGAAUACUUUACAUCGUUCAUGGAGAAUCUCCUGCAGCUCUUUUCCACGGACAGAAAGUUACUAGAGACACGAGGAAAUCUAAUCGUUCGACAGCUAUGUGUCAGCCUAAGCCCCGAACGAAUUUACCGAACGCUUGCAGAUUGUAUCGAGAAAGAAGAAGACGUGGAGUUUGCCAGUAUUAUGGUUCAGAAUCUCAACAAUAAUCUAAUUACAGCCCCUGAACUAGCCGAUCUGCGUAAGAGACUUCGAAAUUUGGAAACCAGGGUUUGUUCUCCGAAGGAACUCCAUUGAUAUUGGUAGACCUAACCUUCUGCAGGACGGCCAGACAUUUUUCGUCGCCCUUUUUAGAUCAUGGUGUUAUAAUGCUGUCGCUACAUUUUCUCUUUGUUUACUUGCCCAGGCAUACGAGCAAGCAUAUAAUCUCCUUCAGAUCUUGUGAGUAUGGUACCAAUUAACCGAGCUUGGCUAAUGUCCACAGCGCCGAGCUGGAGAUGACUGUCAACAUGCUCAUCCAGAUCGAUAAACUUGUGCAGCUACUGGAGUCCCCUGUUUUCACUUGUAUGAAAAGUUCCUCUGGUGCCUGGAAUGAGCUAACGUAGAUAGACCUGCGUCUACAACUCCUCGAACCAGAAAAAUAUCCUCAGCUGUACAAAUGCCUUUAUGGCCUUCUGAUGCUUCUUCCCCAAUCUGCUGCUUUUGCGGCUCUGAAGAAUAGACUAAACAGUGUGAGUGCGAUAGGAUACCUCCACGUCGCACCUCGAACGUACGUAUCUUCAUCUCGUAAUAACAGUGUGGUGGAAGCACUCACUUCUCUUCAUCAUACUCGUCAAAAGAGCACCGAAGCUCAUACCUCAUUUAGCGCACCGGCAAACGCUGGCCCAUCAAAUUUCGACAGAUCCAGCAGGCUGAAAGGUCGGGACGAAGGAGGGAUCAAGUGGAAUGAACUGUUGGAAAAGUUUAAGAGUGUGCAAGAAAGAUCAAGAAGAUCUCAGAGACCGGGAGGAGAGUUUGAGGAGAGUCUGGGCAUGCUUGAUGCACGAGCUGGGGAGGGACUGGAUGGAAAAGCAUUCAAAGAGUUGAGUCGUUUGCAUGGACCGUCAGCACCGGCUAAAGAUACACCUACCCAAACGAAGAAGCCACCUGCAGGUGGACUCGGCAAGUUUGGCAGAUUGGGAGGCGGAGGACGACCCAAACGAUAG